AAGCACCAGCACCAUGGCUGCCCAGGGAGAGACCCAAGUCCAGUUCAAACUGGUGCUGGUUGGCGACGGUGGCACCGGGAAGACGAUGUUCGUGAAGCAUCACCUGACGGGGGAGUUUGAGAAGAAGUAUGUAGCUACCCUGGGCAUGGAAGUCCACCUGUUCAUGUCCCACACCAACAGGGGACCCAUCAAGUUCAACGUGUGGGACACGGCUGGCCAGAAGAAGUUCGGCAGGCUGCGGGAAGCCCAGUGUGCCAUUAUAAUGUUUGAUGUCAUGUCAAGGGUUACUUACAAGAAUGUGCCUAACUGGCAUAGAGAUCUGGUACGAGUGUGUGAAAACUUCCCCAUUGUGCUGUGUGGCAACAAAGUAGACAUUAAGGACAGGAAAGUUAAGGCAAAAUCUAUUGUCUUCCACCGAAAGAAGAAUCUUCAGUACUAUGACAUUUCUGCCAAAAAUAACUACAACUUUGAAAAGCCCUUCCUGUGGCUUGCUAGAAAACUAAUUGGAGACCCUAACUUGGAGUUUGUCGCCAUGUCUGCUCUCGCCCCGCCAGAGGUUGUCAUGGACCCAGCUUUGGCAGCACAGUAUGAGCACGAUCUAGAGGUUGCUCAGACAACUGCUCUCCCGGAUGAGGAUGAUGACCUGUGAGAACAUGCAGCUGGAGCCCAGCAUCAGAAGUCUAGUUUUAUAUGCAACUGUCCUGUGAUGUCAGUG